CCUUCGUCGAUAUCAGCAACAAAGGCCAGAUUUGAGUACAGUUGAGUCAAACUGUGUGAAUUAAUUGACAUUAGUUACACACAUUCUAAGGCUACUGUUCCGUGUGAGCUAUCAUCGUCGACGAGCAGCCUUUUUUCAGUCACAGAAAUGUCGACUGGAGGAUUUUCCAUAAUAUGUGUAGUCCUGCAGUUUUUACUCAUAUCCAGCGUCUUAGGAGACUGUGUUCUACCAGCUCAUCCCGCUAACGUUGACUGCUAUACUACAACAUCAGACGGGUUGUGUGGCGACUCUGCAGCAGUGACGUCACCUGGUGGUGUGCUGGUCAUUGGCAGUGUGGUAUAUGUACAAUGUAAUACUGGUUUUACGCCAACAAUAAUGGGGUAUAGCUGUUUCACGAUACUGGGUACAUCAAGUCUAGCGCCAACACUUGGUGAUUCUGCGUGCGCACGACUUUGUCCUGAUCCUGGAAAUCCAACGCUGGGGUCACGUGGUUCGGAGCCAACAUUAGAUGGUACAUACUACGAACAAGGUGACCAAGUCACGUUCAUAUGUGAUGUCAAUGCCACUACGUACGGUGUAGAUACGUUUACGUGUGACAACGGAGACUGGUAUGUCGGCGCAAAUAUACAGACACGCCUCCCACCAGAAUUGUGUUUCCUAAAUUGUCAAAAACCCGAACCUCCAAUAAAUGGCAUUGAAGUGGACGGUGCAAGUUACGUUCAUGCUGGAUCUGUUGAGUACGAGUGUGAUAGCGGGAUAACAAUGGCAGGCAGUUCAACUCUCACGUGUUACAACGGAACUUGGGACAAUUCGGUACCACUAUGUGGAAGUGUUAUAAUUACCCAAGUGAUUACCACGAUCAGUAAUGGCCAGCCUGUAGUGCCGGGAGAGGAGAGUGUUCUGUCUUUACUCGUUGAUGCUACUAGUAGCAGCAUAGGAGCCGGCGUCAGUGGGACUGACCUCUGGAGUCUUAACGUCUUCCUCAGUGACUCAAGUUCAGGGGCAAAACAAUAUAAUGAAUCGACGGUGAUGUUGACGCAGGCAGAUAAAGACCAGGAUCUUGCCGCAGGUGGCGCUAUCAAAUUCAAUAUUGAUUAUGCUGUGACAGCAUCGUCCUGCGCUGUAGCGACGUACGCUUGCGUUGAAUUACAACAAGGCCCGAACACGGAGUUUACGCUGAAUGGAUUUGAUGGCGAUGAUAGUAAAUUGAUUGGAUGUUCCUCAGUGACAUGUGCAUGCUUCACGCCGAAUUCAGCCAGUCUGCAGAGAGGAGUUCAAACGGCCGACGCAUCUCCAUUCUAUUCUGGUGACACGUUAACAAUGUCAUGUGAUGGUAGCGAUGGUUACAGCUUAUUUGGCGGCCCUACAUUGCAAUGUGAAGACGGAAUGUGGUCAGAAGACCCGUAUGCCCUGCAUUGUUCUGAAAACUGUCCAAACCCUGGUGAAUUGACGAAUGGCAGUGUGACAUGCCAGGAUCCCGAGCAAUGCUACGCGCCGUUGACGCAGAUCACGAUAUCUUGUGAUGAUGGUUUCCUUCUUCAUGGUACUCCGACGUUUACAUGUAUGCUGAAUAAUUCUGAUUUCUCCGUGAAGUGGUCACCGACCCUCAAUUUUACUACAGGUGUCCCAAGCUGCCUACAGUCAUGUCAGGCUCCGGGCACUCCCGAUAACGGACAGCUAGUUGAGGGCACCCUUCCGUCAACAUCAGGACAGACUAUAAGAUAUGCUUGCAUUGAGGGUUAUACGGCGUCGUCUUCAGCUGCCUUACAGUGUCAAGAAGAUGGGACAUGGGAUAAAGAAGUGCCAGUUUGCUAUGGUAACUGUGCGAAAAACGAUGAAACUCCUCGUCUAGAAUGGGUGCCGAGCAAGGAUGAGUACACUCAUGGUGAAUAUAUCAGAUUUAGAUGUACAGAUCUCGCGGUAUUUGAAGGUGGUGAGAUGGUACAGUGUCAGAACGGAACAUUUGUUCCGUCACCACCUACUUGUAAAGAGACUGAGACAUCGAGUGCUACCAAAACUGUUGUACAUAUGUCAUGUGUGUUCGUAAUCCAGACCUCUAUAGCGAUGAUUCUAUCCGGUUACUCGGCAUAACAGCAUUAUGUGUUAUCUUAAACCAUGCGAAGUUGAACAAAUACAGUUUUUGGAAUACCCCGAGAAACGAAAACUGUGAAAAGUUCAUUAUUUAUCAUAUAUUUUAUACGGAUGCAAUAAAGUAUUGAUUAUCAGAUAUUAAAAUCUGAUUUAAUUUAAUAAUCA